AUGCAACUGGAGCCAGGGCAAGACCAGGUUCAGAAAUACAAACCCCUGCUUCGAGAGCAACUCAAAAUCAGCACUGCCGUCGGCGAUCCAAAUGCCCGAGGUCAGCGAAACGAGUCCCUCGCUUGGUUCUGGUCAGUCGAAGUCGAACCUUGGGGGUCCCAGAUCACUCGUGGAAUGAGGAAUGUGAGUUCGGGCAUGCUUGAUGUGUCCCGCGCUCAGCUGACGGAGUCAUCCGAAGUUUACCGAGUUCAUUGGCUCCGGGCAAAGGCACUACGGGAUCGAUGGAAGGAAGAAAUGAUGUUGGUCCAAUUGGAGAUGGAUUGGACAUGUAACUUUUUCUUGUGGAAAGCAACCCAAUGGGGUGACAGGAUGCGGGAAUCAUUGGUGAAACACCUUCCAGGUCAUGCAUGCUACUCGGGAAGGCAAUCCCAAAUGUAUUCAUUGCUGGCACAGGAUGCCCAGGGCAGCAUUUCAAGACCUGAAGACCGGGUUUAUAGAUGCUCAAGAUGA